AUGGAGGAAUUUCAAGUCUAUUUCGAACUAGAUGGAUCUCAGCAACACCACUUCCUAUACCCACUGCUUUUUCGUGAGUAUAUUUAUGCACUUGCUCAUGAUUAUGCUUUAAAUAGAUCGAGGGUUUCGUUGGAAAAUGGGGGUUAUGACAAUAAAUCUAGUUCACUAAGUGUGAAACGCUUAAUUAUUCGACUGUAUCAACGGAUUCAGUUGAGUAUUUCUACUAAUGAUUCUAAUCAAAAUAAAUUUUUUGGACACAACAAUAAGUUGUAUUCGCAAAUGAUAUCAGAGGGGUUUGCAGUCAUUGUGGAAAUUCCAUUUUCCCUACGAUUUGUCUCUUUCUUAGAAGGGAAAGCAAUAGCAAAAUCUCAUAAUUUCCAAUCAAUUCAUUCAAUAUUUCCUUUUUUCGAGGACAAAUUCUCACAUUUAAAUUAUGUCUUAGAUGUACUAAUACCCCACCCCAUUCGCUCGGAAAUUUUGGUUCAAAUUCUCCGCUACUGGGUAAAAGAUGCCUCUUCUUUACAUUUAUUACGGUUCUUUCUACACGAGUAUUUUAAUUUGAAUUGGAAUAGUCUUAGUAAUCCAAAGAAAUCUAUUUCCUUUUUUGCAAAAAGUAAUUCAAGAUUAUUCUUGUUCCUAUAUAAUUCUCAUGUAUGUGAAUAUGAAUCCAUCUUCUUUUUUCUCCGUAACCAAUCUUCUCAUUUACGAUCAACAUCUUCUGGAGUCCUUCUUGAGCGAAUAUAUUUCUAUCGAAAAGUAGAACAUCUUGUCGAAGUCUUGGCUAAUGAUUUUGAUUUUCAGGACAUCUUAUGCUUGUUCAAGGAUCCUUUCAUGCAUUAUGUUAAAUAUCAAGGAAAAUCCAUUCUGUCUUCAAAGGAUACGCCUCUUCUGAUGAAUAAAUGGAAAUAUUACCUUGUCAAUUUAUGGCAAUCGCAUUUUCACAUGUGGUCUCAACCGGGAAGGGUUCAUAUAAAGCACUUCUACAAGCAUUCUAUCAACUUUCUGGGCUAUCUUUCCAGUGUGCAACUAAAUCCUUUGUUGGUACGGAGUCAAAUGCUAGAAAAUUCAUUUAUCAUAGAUAAGGCUAUGAAGAAGUUCGAUACAACCGUUCCAAUUAUUCCUCUGAUUGGAUCAUUGACUAAGGCACGGUUUUGUAACACCUUAGGGCAUCCCAUUAGUAAGCCGACCCGGGCUGAUUCCUCAGAUUUUGAUAUUAUUGACCGAUUUGUGCGUAUAUGCAGAAAUCUUUCUCAUUAUCACAGCGGGUCCUCAAAAAAAAAGAGUUUGUAUCGAAUAAAAUAUAUACUUCGGUUUUCUUGUGUUAAAAGUUUGGUUCGUAAACACAAAAAUACUGUACGCGCUUUUUUGAAAAGAUUAGGUUCGGAAUUCUUGGAAGAAUUCCUUACGGAGGAAGAGCACGUUCUUUUUGUAAUCUUUCCAAGAGCUUCGUCUACUUCGCGGAGGUUGUAUAGAGGGCGGAUUUGGUAUUUGGAUAUUAUUUGUAUCAAUGAUCUGGUUAAUCAUGAAUGA